CAUUUAAACGUUUCCACUCUUGGUUGGACAGAAUUUUGGGUUCUAUAAAUAAAAAAAAUUAGGGGGGUUUUCGUGACAGUCUAGCACCACUGAUGUGGUCAGAGCUGAGGUAUAAAUGAAGCUCCUCAACAGUGCACCCCCUUUCACUCCACUUGAAGAUAGGCGAGACAACUUUAUCAUCAGAAUCACUGUUGUCAACUGAAACAAAGACAUGGUGACAAUCAAAGCCAUGGUGAUGGUGAUCGCACUCACUAUUUGUCUGACUGCGAACAGUUCUGACGGCUAUCGUUACUGCUGUCGAAGAUAUAUGACAGGCCGAUUACGAGAUGUUGAAAUUAAGGGGUACUCAGUCCAGACUAUUAAGGAGAUGUGUCCCAUUGAUGCCAUCAUGCUGUAUAGCUUCAUCAUCACUGCUGCCACCACAAACACAGAAGACAUGCUGCCAAUUAAAGCUGUGGUGGUGAUCGCACUUACUGUUUGUCUGCCUGCAAGCACAUUUGCUGCUUAUCGUCACUGCUGUCGAAGAUACAUGAUAGGCAGGUUACAGGACUCCAUCAUCAAGGGGUACUCAGUCCAGACUGACACAGAGAUGUGUCCCAUCAAUGCCAUCAUUUUCCACACAAAGAAGGGGAAAGCAUGCGCCAAUCCAGCUCUGAAGUGGGUGAUUGACGCUGUCGAUCAUAUAAGGAAAAAAGCACAGAAAAUCCACCAGCACAGCUCACAGGGGCGGGAAAAGAAGACCAUCUGAGCUUUUUACGCACACGGUGGAUGCCAGCUAAAGAAACACUUCACUCUUUUAUCUUCCACUGACGUCCGUCUCGUGGAACCUGCUGCAAAUGACAAAUAUGUUGUUAAACAACAGCAAUAUCAGCUCAGUUUUAAAAGCUUGUGUAAUAUUUUAAUUUUAUAUUCUUUGUAAAUGUAAGAUAGGAUUUUGUACUUUCAUAUAAAUGCUGAAAUGAAAUGAGCACAUGUGCCAGAUCUGCUUGUGUGCUGUUGUUUUCUGUGGUGAAAACAUCCAGCUUUAGAAGUUCUGUGCUGCUAAUAGUUAAACAAUGACAGGUGAGAGUCCUGUGACAUGAGCAGGAGGAAGUCACGGGAGCUGAAGAAGGAACCGAUAUUUCUGUUGACAUGGUGUCAUUAGCUACCACUUAAUUAUUAAAGUAACAUUCAUGUAAUAAUCAAGUAAUACAGCAAUAAUGGUUUGAACUGCAUAAUAUUAAAUUGCAGUUUAUUUAAUUGGGUUAUAUGGGGUCAUAAACUGGAUGUA